AUGCUGUUGCAACAGUCCAUUCUGAGCGCGGCGGCAGGCGACAGGUGGGCGAAGGAGUUCCACUUCGAGUGCAGGAAGGGCGAUGGGACAGUGAUAGAGGUCCUCCAUAAGCUCGCACCGCUGUCGGAGAGAGCGAGACCGGUCUUCGCUGCGAUGAAGUGGCCCGCGAGAGAUUCGGACACGUCGGGUGACGGGGCGCGCUUCAACAAGUGUGGUAGCUGUGGCAUGAGGAGCCACCGCAAGAAAGACUGCCCCCACGGCAAUGACAGGUGCACUAAGUGCGGCCGGAAAGGGCACUGGGCAAGGAUGUGCCCGAGGCACUACCUCACAGAUGAGGACUCAGGACUGAAGGCGUUCGCGGGGGUAGGAGAAGGCAAAGCAGUGCUGAAUGUCCGUGGAGCUAGAACCAGGACCGACUACCUGAAGGCGGUGCAGAAGUUCGUAGACUAG